AUGCGACCCUCAAUGCGCCUCCCUCUGCGGGAGGCAAACUUCAUAUGCUCCAGCUGCAGAAUUGGAGCUACCCCCCGUAUCUCGCCGCUCGGUCAAGUCCGCCACUAUGCCUCCGACUCCCCCGGAAUCCUGGAACGCGCUCGGCGCAAGCUUUGGGGAACCGACAACCCCCCAGGCCCAGCGGACCCCUAUUCUGGAAGCCAGAUCAUGUCUGGUAUGGAGGGCGAAAAGCCCAAGGCAGACGAGGCAUUCGGUCUUGAAGAGGGUCAAGCACUACCUGAAAAGGCUCCCGAGGCUAUGACCUGGGAUGGAAUGCCCAAGAUCGGUUAUCUCAAGGAGGAAGAAUGGCGCAUCAAGGGAUCGAAGGAGCUCGUGGAUGAAGUCACACCAUGGUACUACAACCCAGAACCUCUCCCCUUCGAGAAGGCUGCAUACCAAACUGCCAUGGAGAUCGGUUUGUAUCGCCAGCAAAAGCGAGAGCUUUAUCGGACAUCGAAAGAUCGCUUGCACCCAAAGAACAAGCUACAGAUGAGGAACUUGUCUCUGGCCGAUGGAAACUUCAAGUUUGCUUUCUUCACCCGCCUCUCCAAAUUGACCUCUCAGCACAUUCCCGACAGCAUCAUCUCUUCCACCACUAUCGGAGAGGCCCUCGACCGACAUGAGGAACUUCGCAAAAAGAAUACUAAAUUGACACCUGUGCUUCUCCAUGAGCUUAUGGACAAGAACGGCGCCGCUGGAUUGUCUAACGUUAAGAUUCUCGACGUCCGCCAAACUCGCCAGCACAACGAUGAAGAUUUCGGCCGCAAGAAGGCUAUCAUUUCCGCUCUCUACAAGAGUGGUUUGAUCAACAAGAGCCUGGGCCGGAAACACAAGCAGCCCCGGAUGCAGACUAAUGAGAAGGUGGAUGCCUAG